GUCACCACGUCUACGUUGUCAGCACCUGUAUACAGAGUCGUGCAGCGUGCAGCAUGUUGUAUCACCUCUUGCUGCAGACAGUAAAGACACAACAGUCAGCAGGUGUGUCACCCGGUCAGCCUCACUUUCUGGACUAUGAUUUUAGCGAUAAGAAUAAACUGGAUGAAGAAGUGGAGAAGGCCAUCUGCCACUUGUCAUUACUGGCGAGAAGCGGGUCCACCUACGUCAUCGCCGACGAAGCGGGUCCGCUCUACAAGAAACACUUUGAGACUUUCUGUGAAAAGCUUCUGAAACGAGUUCAAAAUCUCCAUCUGUGGGCGGCAAGUUGUUACAAUGGACACGCACCCGCCGGCUGGCAAGUGGAAUAUUUAACAAGACCCCUCCGCUCUCCACCGGCCGUCGUCAGGGUUGUCAAUAGAGACAACAUUAUUCAGAAAGGGCAGUCUGUCUGCAGGUACAGUGAGCGAGGUGUGCCUGACCACACAGACGGCCCGCCAGUCAAACAAAUACGUCACGAGUUGUCUCACUCAGGUGACUGGUCAUUUAACUCGCCAUAUGACUGUGUCACGUGCGGUCGUGAGGUGGCCAGCUUCCUACACAGUCUCCGUGUUGGUGUUACGGAGAAUGUUCACACAAUACCUACGACCAUCGCCACCACCAGCAACAGGACAACACCGUCGUGCCUGCAGUGGAGAGACGUGCUGAUGCUGAUUAAAACAUCUUGGUCUACAAUUAGUGACGAUAUUGCUAUUGUAAAGGGACUGAGAGAAGCGGGUAUCCCAGUGCGGGUGAUGACGGAUGAUGACAUCGAGGACGUGGCCACGGCCCGCAGUGACGUGGUGUGGGUGACAGAGGAAAACCGUGUUCUUGGUCUGGAGAGAAAAGUCGUCGUGUGUGUGCGAGAUUUUUUUUCACCCCAUGCAAAGUCACAACGUAACUGUCUUCACUCUGUGUCCCGCUGUACGUCCCAACUUGUGAUUGUCAGCGAAGACAAACCGUAAUAGUGCAGGUGACACACACACACCUGUCACGUGUUGUAGUCUUGUGUCUAUCUCUCUUCCAUCAACACACGUCGUUUUUAUGUUUUCUAGUAUUUGUUCACUCCAUCAAAAGAUUGCUGAAACAUAAAGUGUAUAUUUCUUUUGUGACAAGACAGCAUGCUCUCAUAAAAAACUUUGAUUCAAUAAACAUUGUCACGGACCAGUUUGCGCCUCCGUGUGUUUCAGAUUAUUUUAACCCUUUGCGACUUACUGACUGCAAGUGUCUGUAAAAUGUAUGAAACAAUAGAUGAGAACAUUAGAUAGAAAGGGUUAACCGAACAGGAUGUAUUUGGUGAACCCGGUUUACCAGUAGGGUUUUUGAGGAUACGAGGUAGAAAAUGUACUCAGGCCCGGGAUACAGAAGGAAGAAGACGAGCCUGAGUCACGAGUGUAAAUGUCCCGAGUUGAGAUUAGAGAGUAGAGCAGGGGAGUGGGCAUCCACGCUGGAUGCGGGCGGUGCUGACCACUUGUGAUUAACCUCGCCUAGACGAGGUCUGACAUAUUUUUCUGUUAUUGCUUGUGGAACUGUAAUAGAACUCACGGAUGUUUCAAAGUUGUGAACAAGAACGUAUGAGACAAAGCUGUGUGAAUUGGACAAUAUAGUUUAGAAUACUAGUACAGCGUAACCUCGAGUUACAGGUUUUAAUUGUAUGGACUGAAAGAACUGAAGCCCUUCUGGAUAAGGAAGAAUCGCCUCCUAAGACCAUUCCGUGAUCGCCUUCACUUCAGCACUCAGCAGCACGUGGGCUAGGACCACCGUUAGUCCCGUGACGUCACCGUGCAGUACCUGCUGUGACCCCGGACACCGCCUGACGUCACGGCCAGUGUGUACGGCCUGCUGUGUCGUCAAUCGCCGGGCGACCAAAAAGUUCUUACCCCCACCACAACCCUCGGGGAAGGAUGAACCGUUUCCACAGGAAGGGUAUUCGUGUUAUUGGAUUCCAGUUGGCUGGAGAUGUGGAGGGCGACACCCUGAGAUAGCGGGACGAGAAACUGAGUAACGUACACGAUGAUAGAGCGGUUAUAAGACAGGUAAUCAGAACUGGAUCUUUGGGGCUAAACAGUAGGAGAGAGUGCAAGGAAUGUAUAUUCAUAGUUUGAUUGUAAACUGUGACUAUGUCGAGAUUGAUUGGGGAGUGCCCCGGAUGUAAACACUGCGCCUAUCGUUAGAUGUUUGUUGCCUUUACAACACUCUGUUGAUGCGAGUUGUUUACAAAUAAGUAUUUGUGUUGUAGUCUGUAAGUCCUGAGGCACUCGAUAACGAAGUGAGCAUGAUGUGGGCAGCUCGACAUGUUUAGACCUGAUCCUUCUGUGUUUCACAACUAGUGUCUGCAUGAAUAACACACGGAGUCGUGUUGACUCAGUCUAGGGAUGAACACAAGACGAGGGAGUGAAUGGCAUCACACUGUAUCACAGUCUGAAAUAAAUUGUCCUGAAGAACGUA